CCGUGCAGUGCCCUGCCCCACAACCUACUCCCAGCUGCCGCCACCACCUCCGUCUGGGUAAGUCGAGACAGGCUCCGUCUCCUCCCCACUGAGCUGUUGCUUUCACCGAUGCCUUGUGCCCGGUCCUCCGCAAGAGUUCAAGGUGUACGUCCUCGCCGAGCGAUGUCCUGCUACGACCUGUGCCUGCCCUCUUCCUGCAGUCCCCAGCCGCUGGCCACCAGCUGCAGCCAGCCCUGCUUCCGUCGCUGCGGGGACUCCACCGCCGUCAUCCAGCCCCCCACUGUCGUGGUCACCCUGCCCGGGCCCAUCCUCAGCUCCUACCCGCAAAACACGACAGUGGGGUCCACGGCGUCGGCGGCAGUCGGGAGCUACCUCCGGUGCUGUGGGGUCCCCGUGGCCUCCGGCAGUCCCAGGGGGCUGGGGAGGGCGGGAAUGCUGUGCCUGGGCAGCGGGCUGUAGGGGUGUCCCCGGCCGUCACCUCCUCCCGCCGAUGCCAGCAGAGCGGCCGUGUCGGGAAGGACGAAUGAAGCACAGGACCAAGACUGGGGAAGAGGACUAAGGAAAUGCCCGUGGGUUUCCCAGCUGUCGGGGGCACCCGCAGCCCCCCCAGGAGGAGGAGAGCCAUGCGAGCUUGUCACUGGAGACCGUGCCUCUGUAUAGCUUUCUCUCGCUAAGCCUUACUUUAUAUUUCCAUGUAGGUCUCACACCCUGCAGUGCUACACAGUAUUUACUACUGGCUGGGCAAAAAUGCUUAUAGCAGGCUGUAGACGGAAGAUGAUAGUCACGGGGCGGUGGGGCAGAGGAACACCUUGUAGGGAUUGGCUUGUCCCGGAGUGGGGUUUAUCCAUUUCUUUACCGAGCACUGGAAAUGCACUUCUCAUACUCUGAACUGGUUUAUUUUCCUUCUCCUUCUCAUUAAAGUCA